AUGCAUCGCAGAGUGGGCUCGUGGGGCCUCACGACGGGCUUCGUGGAGACGCCGCGCAAAGGUGAAGACAGUGUGUCAGGCUUGAAGAUCAGUGCCUCAUGGACAGGGUUCAGUCAGAUCUCAUGCAUAGCCCAAAUGAUAUUUGGAAUUCUUCUGUUUGCAACGUCGACUUGGUAUCUUUCAGUAACUGGGAGGACUUCAGGACAGAUAAUUGGCGGCACUUCGCUGGUGCUUGGUGCCGCUGGCCUCCUUGGGACGGCACACCAGAAACCGCAAUUUCAAACUCUGUUCAUCGUGGGAAUGGGGUUCAUGGCCCUUCUGACAUUUGAGUUUGUUGGGCAGAUCGGCCGUGACAUGGAGGUGCACUGCAACUUUGCCGAGUCAUACAUUCGCUUGGCCCAUCUGGAGGAAACAGUUGUGGCCAUGAACAAGGACCACAUCGUGGACCGGUUGUUUUACAGGCUAAACGAACUGGACGACAUGAUGGACAUGGUCUCAGAGGGCACUGUGCACGUCACUGAACUGAGGUCAGCCCAGGAAGGGCUCAAGAAGCAGGACAAGGACUACCUUGAGAGCAAAAUCGACAGCCUGCACAAGCAUGCAGAAAAUAUGUUGGAACACAUCUACCGCAAAGCCAAGGAGAUGGAAGAGGAGCACAAGGGCGAUACAGAGGUGUUCGAGAGCCAAAAGGAGGCCAGGGCAGUGCUGGAGGGGCACCUCAACAACAUCCAGAAAGUCCUGGAGAACGUCCCAGACAAUGGCUUGAGCCAUGGGGAGAUGACGUAUGAGCUUUACGAGAUGCUGUACAACGCCCUGAAAGGUGGACACCCCGACAGCGAGGCAAUGGAAGCCGAGGAAGCGCACCUGCCGUAUGUCAAGGCUUCCUUCGAGCGCUCGGAGAGGGACCGGUACCACGAGUUCGACAUGACCAACAAAGGGGAGGAACUGGACAAGAUUUACAAAGAGAAGGAGCAGGCCAGGAAAGCGUUCGAGCUGAAGAUGGCUGGAUGGAACGAUGGCAGCAACAUCAAGGACAAGAAAAGUUUCGAUCACUCUCUUAUGUCGUCUCUGUCGGCCCUGCCCGCACAUUGCCUGUCGGAGACGUCGCACUACGCGUCCAUGAAGUGGGGAGGCUGGGCGCUCAUGCUGUCCCAAGUGAUGGCGGCCUACGUGGCCGCCACGAACCUCGUUGUCAAUCCCAAGAGAGAUUGA